CAGCAGCUUUUGUUUCUUCUCUUUUCUAUAUAUUUAAAAAUUCAAAACAAGUGAAAAAUAAAUCCUCUGCUCCUCUUCCUCAUUGCACUCUUUCGUUACACCUCAAAACUCAAACCCAUCAAUAUCUCUCUUGCUGUGCGAUCAAUUUAGGGUUUUGAAACAGUGAAUCUUCACCAUCUCAUCAGGAUGCAAUGUGAUAUUUGUAAUUUUCAUUACAAAAGAAGGGGACAGCUAAUCUUACAGUAGUAUGGCAACUGAGAGUCCAAUUAGAAUCUCUGAAGCUGGGGGUAAAUGGCCCUCACAUAAGGAAGCUACAGCUUUCGGUUCAACAUCUCGCAACAUGGCGACAGAGGAUUUGGGUAUACUUUUGAAUGGCCAUAGGUUCCAUGGUGGGAGAAAGGAUCUGACACCAAAUCGAAGUGGCAGUGCACCUCCCAGCAUAGAAGGCUCGUUUUUGGCCAUAGAAAACCUCUUACCCCAGCAGAUCAUCACCCAGAAUGCAAGCUUUGCAGCUCUAAGCAGUGUUGUGCAAAAUUGUGAGUCUGAAGACCAAUUGCGAGCAGAUCCAGCUUAUUUGGCAUAUUACAGUUCCAAUGUCAACCUAAACCCUAGACUUCCUCCCCCGCUUACAUCCUGGGAAAACCGUCAUCUAGGACGUCAUAUUGGCAGUUUUAGAAAUAACUGGAGAAUGUCUGCUGCUGAUGAUAGUGAUAAAAAUUCCUUACAUUUGCCUCAAAGGACACUUUCCACACACAAGGAGGAGUUGGAAGAUGAAUCACACCAACAGCCAUAUGAUGAUGAAUUGAUUAAGGUGAGCGGAUUGUGGCGUAGACCUGAUGCGGCUUCAUUGGUAUCUCAACCUAAAAACGUUGUUGAUUUAAUUCAGGAGGAUUUCCCUCGUACCAUGUCACCUGUAUAUAAUAAGUCUCUUUCCGAAAGUCCUGGACUAGUGGAUAAACCAAUUGACUUAGAAGUCGGUUCUAGUUCUUCUCAUGAUCCCCCUAUUACUACAGUAGAAGCUGCUAAAACUACUGUAGGUGCGGAUAGUAUAAGGGUGUCAUCAAUUGUUGAUACCCAUGCCCCAGUUACAAGCUCUUCAUCUCUUGAAUCGACUGGUAGCAUUGGUGUUAAUGACUUAGAUGUUGCUUCUGUUGCCUCUCAAUUAAAGGCUCUUGGUGUAUCUAAUCUACCACGCUCAGAAAGUCUGAGUUACGAAGAAAAGUGGAAGACUAGCUACCAGAUGCAACACGCAGGAUUCCAGCAACAAAACAAUGCAUCUGAUAUUAACGCCAAUUCUCAAAAUGUAAAUUCUGUGUAUAUUGGUAGGGAACAGUUUCCUUUUAAUUCAAGCAAGUUCUCCAAUGUCCAGCCACUACUGCAGUCGUCUGGGUUUACACCUCCCCUAUACGCCACAGCAGCUGCUUAUAUGAACUCAGCAAAUCCAUUUUACACAAAUAUGCAGACCCCGGGUAUGUAUACUCCACAAUAUGUUGGUGGAUACACUGUAAAUCCGACAGCUUUUCCUCCAUAUGUUACUGCAUACCCUCCUCAUGGUGCUGUACCGUUUGUUGUUGAUGGAGCUACUAGUUCUAGUUAUAAUCCACUAACGCCUGGGGUUUCAACUGGGGGAAACAUUUCACAUGGAACUGAAAUGGUACAGGCAAACAAGUACCUUGGGCAAUUUGGAUUUCCUCUGCAGCCUUCUUUUGGUGAUCCCAUGUAUCCAAAAAUAUACAGGAAAAGCAUGAAAGUCAAGCUAGUUUCAAGUGUAAAGGUGCUUUAG